AUGGCAACCAGCAACUGGGGGAUAGGCAUCCUGUUUUUACUACAGACGCUCUUUGGAAUCCUCGGGAAUUUCUCUCUUCUCUACCGUUAUCUCUUUCUUCAUCUGACAGAACACCGGCUGAGGUCUGCAGACCUGGUCCACAGGCACCUGACUGUCGCCAACUCCUUAGUCAUUCUGUCUAAAGCAGUUCCCGAAACAAUGGCAGCUUUCGGGCUGAAACCUUUUCUCGGGGAUAUUGGAUGCAAACUUGUUUUCUACAUUCACAGCGUGAGCAGGGAAGUGUCUCUGGGCACCACCUGCCUCCUGAGCAUCCUCCAGGCCAUCACCAUCAGCCCCACGAACUCCAGGGGGGCACAACUUAAAGCGAAGGUGGCCAAGCACAUGGGCACCUCCACCUUCCUCUGCUGGGUUCUGCACAUGAUGAUAAGUAGUAUGGUUCCUGUGUAUGUGACUGGCCACCUGAACAAUGAAAAUAUCACAAAGAGAAGAGACUAUGGCUACUGUUCCUCUGUCCUUCAUGAAAGAGUCACAGAGUCACUGUAUUUAGCGUAUUUGGCAUUGGUAUUGUUCCACGAUGUUUUCUGUUUGGGGCUUAUGAUCUGGGCGAGUGUCUCCAUCGUCCUCAUUCUGUACAGGCACAAGCAGCAGAUCCAAUACAUCCAUAGCAACAGUCUCUCCCCCAGAUCCUCUGAGUCCAGGGGCACCCAGAGCAUCCCUGUCCUGGUGAGCACCUUUGCGUCUUUUUAUACCCUCUCUUCCUCCUUUCACAUUUGUUUGGCUCUCUUUAACAGACCCAGUUCGUGGCUGGUGAAGAGAACCACCCUGGUCGCUGUGUGUUUCCCAGCUGUCAGCCCCUAUGUUCUCAUGACCCAUGACUCCAGAGGGUCCUGGCCCUGCUUCGCCUGGAAAAGGAACACAAAAUCCCCUGCAAUUACCAGGGAAAUGUAA